CGGAGUAUACGGAACUCCAUUGCCGGAGUUCCUUAUUUAGAGAGGCCUGAGCAUAUUGCAUACGUCAAAGAUAUCUGGUAGCAGUCUCGAACUUCAAGGUGCACACGAUGAGUUAUUAGCCACGGGCCUUCAGGUACAAAUAUGACUGGACGAAGCACGUUUGUCUUCAUCCGAAAUUCUUACCUACUAUCCGGGACAUGAUUUCCACGGAAAUCUCCUUGUCACCAAACUACCGACAAGGAUAAUGUUGUCAUCUCAGAGUACGAGUGCUCAGUCUGAACCGAAUACAUGCAGAGAUUGGCGCUGUGUGCGUGUGCUUGUUCAAUGCAGGAUCAAUUUGAAGCGGUUGGAAUUGACCAAGCGCAUGUCGAGAUGGGAAGACUGUUGAGAAGAAACUUGCUAUUGAAACGGGCUGGGAUGAGAGGAAAAGAGAAGGAAGAUUGAGAGAUGAAAGGACGAGCUCAAGGCUGGGGUAUACAUCAAGUUCGGACAUGUUCAAUCUCAAAGCGCAUUGCGACUCUCUCUGGUGCUAGAAGCUGGUUGUCUGGAUAAUUAACACCAGCUUUGUUUCUGACAACCAGCUUUUAGGACGAGAGAAAGUCUCUUAAACGCCCAGUUGGAAAGAGAGAGAAUUUCCAGAAGUGAUUAACGACCGAAAUCAGGAACAGCCUGACAAGUACAUAUAACACAACUUGGCCAGUACAUAGUCUGUUUGUGGUGUUAUAUCUCCUGUAUAUUUGGUCAUACCAGUAAAAGCUUUAACUAUACCUUGUAGUGUGUUCUUAUUAGUCAUUGGAAGCAGUUCAUGUACCUCCGCUUUGUGUUUUUCUACUGGGUUCUGGUCAUUACUUGCUGAUCCAGAUCCAUGUAGUGAAAUCAAACUUUAUCCAAAGGGAAAUUGAUGGUUCUCCUGAAUGAUUACCUUUGAACGUAAGUUUCUAGUACUGGUAUUGACAAAGAUAAGGUAAGAUCAGAACUAUACAAUUCUGUCAUUUCUUAAACAGAAUGGUUUUAGAUCCAAAAAAAAUCUCGUGGACCGCUUACAAUGAUAAUUAUGAUAAGACAAUGGAAGAACACUGUACAUUUCUAAGGAAACUGAGUUCAAGUCGAAGAGAAAACCUCCACGUGAGAUGUGCCUCUCUCAUGCAUCCACGAGGAAGAAGUUUUGCAGAUUUUCCUGGAGGACAUAGUGGACAGCAGCAUGGCGCUGUUUUCGUUGCCUAAAUAUACUGUAAACUAUGGCAUGAAGUAAGACCAUUUGGAUGGAGAAAGUAGAGCGGAACUUGGGUGGUUCAUCACGUGCUGGCUGAGCGGAUAGUAAAUAUUACAGGGGGUUAUGCAUUCAAACUUGGUCAUGUGACAAUCACGAAUGUUCGUAUUUGAAUCAGUCCAGAAUUAACUGGUGGAUUUAAGUCCGGAAUCUUAAAUUACAGUAGUAGCAUACUUGCAUACAAAUAUUAGUUUUGAGGGAGAAUCAUCUCUAUCUACGGGCAAGUGAAGCAGACCAUGCUCAAUAAUGAGGUCUACGAAAUGUGCGCAAAUCACCACCACGAUUUCCUAUGAGGACUUUACUGGAUACUGAUAAUGUAACGGCGAUAUACCACUCCUGUAAAGAUUGUGGUCAACAGUGCUAAAAAUAAACUCUUAUCAUAGAUCUCGGAGCAUACUCUUGAGAAGCUUUACCCUAUUGUGUUACAUGGAUCUGCACACAUAAACAGUCCAAUGUUUUUUGGAA